AUGUCAAGACUUAUUGUUAUUCUCGGUAUUACCGGCGUGCAAGGAAGCUCCGUCGCCGACGCUUACCUUUCGAGUCCGGGAUGGAAGAUUCGCGGUGUGACACGUAAUCCUGCAUCUGAGAGCGCAAAGAAAUGGGAGAUGAAAGGUGUUGAAAUUGUCAAAGGCGACCUUGAUAAUGUGGCGUCCUUGAAGCAAGCCUUUAUGGGAGCCGACCUUAUUUUCGGUGUCACCGACUUCUGGACCAUCUUCAAAGAUCCAGAAAGCCACAAGAAAAAAAGACCCAGCCAAUCACUCGUGGAAUAUUGCCACGAUGUCGAGCUCCAGCAGGGCAAGAAUAUUGCUGAUGCUGCAGCCGCGGUUCCUAGCCUGUUCCGAUACAUCUUCAGUUCAAUGGCCCACGCGAAGAACUCCAGUGGCGACAAGUUCGCCGAACUUUACCACAUGGACUCUAAAGCAGAUGCUGCUAUCUAUGCACAGAGCCUUCCAGCUCUGACCGGAAAAUUUUCGCAGGUUCAGGCGCCUAUCUAUUUUCAGCUCCCUUGGGAGUGGGGACUUCCUACAACCCCAAAGAAGGUAGCUGAUGGCACCUGGCGAAUGGCAGGAAUUGGCCCUGGCAACAAGGGCAUUUCGUUCGGACACGUCCGCAAGGAUUUCGGUCCCUGCGUCAAGGCAGUUGCUGAGUCUGAGCCUAAUGUCAACUUGUUUGCUGUUGGAGAAUACGUGUCAUGGUCAGAUUAUCUCCGAAUCUUUUGCGAAACCCAAGGUUUGAAGUAUGGUGGCUAUGACGAGCUUUCCUACGAUAAGUUUUGCGAGUUACUUCCUGGGGGUCUUGGUCACGAAUUUGCUCACAAUGUACUAUUUGCGCAUGAGUUUGGGUACGAGGGUAAAGAUCCUGCAGUUGUGAGACCAGAGAAGGUGAAUCAUGUCCUGUUCGAUCUUGUUGCCACUUUGGGACACAAUUGA